CACUUGAAUGCAGCAUACGUCAUGUGGUAAAGGGACACUUUUCCACACAACUCAGGAUAGAUCUUCAUUGACAAUUUUAACCAUCUGGCAGUUUAUUGGUUAAUUAUCCAAAGUUAGCUGAAAAGUAAUAGCAAGUUGAACUUUAAGAAUAUACUCAGUGUGUGACCCACAGCAGCAGCGAGGGGGAGCCCACCAGCAGUCCUUGAACCGAACAUCUGUGAUCGAAGAGAGCAGAGCUUCUCCGUGACAACAACAAAAAUCUUCACAUUUCUUAUUACAUUUUUAUGGAGGCUAUUCUGAACAGCAAACCAGAGGACUUGGAGGAUUACUACGGGUUAUUAGGAUGCGAUGAAUUGUCUUCGACUGAACAGAUUCUCAAUGAGUACAAGAUCCGAGCCUUGGCAUGUCACCCAGACAAACACCUAGACAGUCCAACAGCAGUGGCUGAUUUUCAAAAGCUCCAGGAAGCCAAAGAGGUUUUAUGCAAUGAAGCCAAAAGAAAAAACUAUGACCUUUGGAGAAGAAGUGGAGUUGCUAUUCCAUUUCAUGACUGGCAGGCCCUGAAUGACUCUGUGAAAACUUCAAUGCACUGGGCUGUGAGAGGUAAGAAGGAACCAAUGUUGGAGGCCUCAAAUGCAGAAAUCCCUGUCGCUUCCCAAGCAGAGGACCUUCAGACUGAGCCAGAAGAACAGAGGAUCCCUCCUUAUGAAGCCAGGUCAUCCGCAAGUGAUUACUGCCAUCGGCGUUUCCGUUGGGCCACUGACUCCCCAUCUAGUCUGCUGCAGAAGUUUAGAAACUAUGAAAUAUAAAUGAACCAACUGUGUCUUUCGGUUAAAAUGUUUGUGUUUUGUCUCUUGUUGUCCUAAUUCAGUUAGGAACCUGCUAACUGUGAAUUGUUGUGAAUAUGGUCCAUUGUAACUCAAUAAACAUAUUAUAAACUGGAUAUUGUGAGCUUUAAAUGUAUCUCGUGAAAAUACUUUGUCAAAGACAUAUAAGCACAUGAGAGUAUGUGAAUCAUGUUUUAUGUUAAACGUUUGCUCCUUUGUUAAUUAUGUUCGCUAUCAUACAAUGGACUUGAUCAUAAAUGGUAUUGGUGUACAAUUAAUGCUGUGUGUUUCAUUGUGCUGCUGUCGAACUCAUUAUGUUGGAAACAUUAAGGUAAAGCAGUAUAUUA